AUGAGCUCGCCUCCGCCCGUGCACCACGCAGCCGACAACUCGUCGUCGACCGUAUUCGAGACGGCCCUCCUCGAGUACGGUCGUCUGUUCCAUCCGCCGAUGGUGCUGCUUCUGUGCAUCUCCGGCGCUCUCGGCCACAUGCUCACAAUCACGACGCUCUCCUCGAUGCUCAAUCCCACAAACAUGUUCCUCAUUUCCAUGAGUUGGUGAGUACGGUAGCUCCAAAAGUCAGGUGUACUCGCGUGGCCUGAAAACAACACACAAAAAUUGAAUGUCCGCUCUGUCCGUCCGUCCGUCCGUCGCGCCCCUAAUCUGAUUUAUUCGCGUGAUCGUAUGAACAACGAACGAACAUGCAAAUGAGCAAAGAAAACGAGGAAAACAAUCCAAUCUUGGCGAGACAAAUUUAUUGGCCGACGGAAUGUGUUUGUUUCCGAACGCCACUAAUCUUCAUGAGCAUCUCUCGCCUCUUUUCCCCCCAUUUUCGGCUGGCUCCCACAGGGACCGCCGCCGCAACUCGCAUCUCGAGCGGAAAUCUGGAACCCGGUUUUCCGCGAAAAGUUCAAAAACGCAAGAUCGCUGAGCAUAAGAAGUACGUCAAGAUCGGUAAACAAAUGGAAGCGCAGCGAUGCGGAAAAUCAGAAAAAAAUGGAAGAGAAAGAGGGGGGUGGGUGGAGGAGGAAAUGUGUAUGACAAAUCACAUACUUUCUCUUACUCACCGGAAGUUUUUAGAAAGGGAGAAGAAGAAGAGGGUGAGUGCACCUUCUUCCGCUGCAAUGCACUAGUCGUCUGGGACCUGGUCCCGGACGGUCAAGGGUCAGAAAAUCAAGGCAAAAAGGGACCAACUGACCUUUUUCAGCAGUCAACUGGCGCUGUGCAUCAACUUUCUCUACUCGACCUUCUUCAAAUUCAUGUCCGAUCAAUUGUGCCACCAGUUUUUCUUCUCCUACUCAAUGGCCACCACAAUGCACUUUUCGGUGACCGUCUCCGUGCUCGUCCACAUGUCCGCCGUACGUUUUUCGCAUGCUUCUCUCGGCCGUCAUGCCGGUUUUCAGGUGUUCCACGUCGUCGCCCUCUCCCUGAUUCGGUUCUUUUCGUUGGCCCAACUCUCCAGCGCCACCUCAAAUGUUUCGUGGUUCACGUGGCGGGUAGGUCAAACCGAAAUCUUAGGUAGCAUCCUCAAUUCUUCCAGAAAUCACGAGUGGCCAUAAUUCUAAUCUACGUGAGCGUCAUCUUUCUCUGUAUUCCACUCCAUUUCACGUCAAAAGUGACCGAGGUGCGUUUUCUAUUCGUUUUCUCAAUCUUUCAAACAUUGCCGAGUGAUCUAUGUGAGAAAAAUUUAAAAUUGAAGUUCCGCAAAUUUAAAUUAAUUGCUCAUUGGUCGUUGCGCCGACUGUGGAGCAAUUAUUUCGCGGAUUUUCGCGGCGAAAUUGUGCAACUCAACUUGUGUGCGGACCUCAUUAGUCCCCUCUUGUUUACCCCUCUUUCCAUUUUAAUUGGAAUUUCUUUAGGCAAAUUUCGAGCGCAAAUUCGCUGUAAAAGACAUUUUUAUUGGAAACGUUUUUGAUUGACAACUCGCGGGGCAGCAGCGCGUCUGACUUGUGACUCAUUUUAUUGAAAAGUUUAGUCGUCCUUGCCUCGUUUGACACAAAUUUUGCAGGUUUUCGAAAACGAGGGGUGUGCAGAAAGGUACCCGGCGCUGAGGAAUCAGGCCGCCUAUCAGCUCACCUACACCCAGAGCAUUUGGCUCCGCAAUUUGAACUUUUGGCUCUUCUACCUCGUCGCCAAAGUCGGGCCGUCGGUGAGUUUUCAAAAUCGUCACAAAUGGUACUUGGUUUCUCCACUGGACACCUUUUUUCUGGGAGUACUGUAGCGCUCAGAAGUUGAGACUCGUUCGGGGUACCUCAAAAGGAGGCCUAACUUCUAAGAGCUACUGUACCCCCGGGGAAGGGUUGUGGAAAAAAGUUGUCAAUUGAAAAAGUGAAGUUCAAGAUGAGAGAAAUGAUUUUGUAGUUGACAACUAGUUUCUACAACCACUAACAAGGCUACAGUAGCUCUUGAAAGUUGGGACUAGUUAGGUUCUUAUGUAUUUCUAUUCUAUCUUUCAAAAGCUACAGUACUCCAGGGUAUGGUCGUAGAAAAAAAGUGUCAACUGGAAAAGUACUGUACUAUUCAAGAACUUUAGUUUUGCAAUUGACCACUUUUUCGUACAACCACUCCCAAGGUUACUGUAGCUCUUGGAAGGUGGGAUUAGUCUAGUGCAUGUCAAACGUAACGUGUCCUAACCUCCAAGAAACAAAAGUCAUUGCAGAUAAUCCUGUGCAUCAUGACGUGUCUAAUUCUGGACCAACUCAAAAAGAUCCAAGUGCUGAGCUCACGUUUCUCGAACGUCGAACGCGAUAAACAGCACCAGCGCACCACGAACAUGAUCCUCGCCAUCAUGGUUCUGUUCAUCAUCGUCGAACUUCCGCAGGGCGUGCUCGCCGUGCUCUCCACCGUCUCCUCGGUCACUUUGAUCUACGAGCUCGGCGAUUUGACCGAAUUGUUCACUUUGCUCACUUCCAUCAUCAUUUUCACACUUCUCUGCUCGAUGAACGGCAAAAUCCGUUCGGCGUUCAAGGAGCUCGCGUGUGUUCGAUCGAUUGGACGGCUAUUUGCGAGGGUUUGCCCGCCAUCGAGGUGAGCAAACUUUUCUGAAACCGUUUUUUUACAUGGAAACAUAGAACUCAUCCAAAAUUGAUAAAAAUAACUUGCAGUCCCGUCGGAGCGAGCUCAUCCGGUCACGAUGCACUUUUGGAGCACAACACGAUCAUAAUCACAAAUUGUCACAUUGACAAAUCGGAAAACUACGCGGUCCUCUAA